UCUUUUGCUCGACGGCGAUUGUUACGCGCGCUUUUAUUCAACGGAAUUCGCGUUAAUAACAAUAAAAAUAUUAAUUUUUAAGGAAUAUUCUUCAUAUUUAAAGUCCACACACAAAUUAUAACAAAAUGCUGUGCAGAUUUCUUGUGAAUAAGAGCCUGGCCAAUAAGAGUCCAGCGUUCAAGCUCAUUGCUUGUUAUUCGACAUCGGGUAAACCUCGACAGGGAAAAAUCUACGAGUCCGCUAACGAUGCGGUUGCCGAUGUUAAAGAUGGUUCCAAGAUCCUCUUUGGCGGCUUUGGUAUUUGCGGCAUUCCCGAGAAGAUGAUUGAUGCUCUGAAACAGAAGGGUGUUAAGAACAUCACAGCAGUGUCCAAUAACGGAGGCGUAGACGAUUGCGGUCUGGGAGUGCUGAUUAAGCAGAAGCAAGUGGCCAAGGUGAUUGGCUCGUAUGUGGGCGAGAAUACCGAGCUAGUGCGUCAGUAUCUCGCCGGUGAAUUGGCCGUUGAACUGACACCUCAGGGCACCUUGGCCGAAAAGAUUCGUGCUGGUGGCGCCGGUAUUCCCGCAUUCUUCACCCCAACAGGCUAUGCUACCUUGGUCCAGGAAGGCGGAGCACCCGUCAAAUACUCCACUGAUGGCAAGGUGAUCGUUGAGAGCGUUAAGAAACCGGUGCAAUCCUUCAAUGGCCGCAACUAUGUCAUGGAGGAGUCCAUUUUCGCUGACUUUGCCUUUGUCAAGGCACAGAAGGCCGAUGCCCUGGGCAAUCUGGUGUUUAACAAAUCCGCCCGUAACUUUAAUGCACCCAUGUGCCGUGCGGCCAAGGUGACCGUGGCUGAAGUGGAGGAAAUUGUGCCUGUUGGCGCCAUUUCUCCCGAUGAGAUCCAUGUGCCUGGCAUCUAUGUGAAGCGCAUCUUCAAGGGCAGCAACUACAACAAGCGUGUGGAACGUCUGCGCAUCACCGAACCUAAGGAAGCGGGUCAACCAGCUGCCAAGGCAAAUCCCGCUCAGCUGCUGCGUGAGCGCAUCGCUCGUCGUGUGGCGCUGGAGUUCAGCGAUGGCAUGUACGCCAAUCUGGGCAUUGGCAUUCCAGUGCUGGCUUCUAACUACAUCCCCGAUGGCAUGAACGUCAUGCUGCAGUCGGAGAACGGCAUCUUGGGUCUGGGUCCCUUCCCCACCAAGGACAAGGUUGAUCCCGAUUUGAUCAAUGCCGGCAAGGAGAGCGUUACUGUUGUGGAAGGUGCUGCCUACUUUGGCUCCGAUGACAGCUUUGCCAUGAUACGCGGUGGACACGUUGAUCUGACAAUUCUGGGCGCCAUGGAGGUGUCGGCCACUGGUGAUUUGGCCAACUGGAUGAUACCCGGCAAGCUGGUGAAGGGCAUGGGCGGUGCUAUGGACUUGGUGGCUGCUCCCGGCACAAAAGUCAUCAUUACGAUGGAACACAAUGCACGCGAUGGUUCGCCAAAGAUUCUGGACAGCUGCUCGUUGCCACUCACAGGCAAGGAAGUCAUCGAUCUGAUCAUCUCGGAGAAGGCAGUGUUCCAGGUGGAAAAGGGCGUCGGUUUAACCUUGAUCGAGGUUGCCGAAGGCUUCACAGUCGAUGAUAUUAUUGCCUGCACCGGAGCCAAGUUCAGUGUGUCACCAAAUGUGACCCAAAUGAGGCAAAUACCCGUCUAA